AUGGCACCCCUCUUGCUCCUCCUUCCGCUUGCGGCUUUGGCUUCGGCCAUUACCUACAAGGCUGCAUUAACUCUAUAUACCAUCUUCUUCUCUCCCCUAAAGAACAUUCCUGGGCCUCUUUUUUCUCGAUUCACUGAUUUAUGGUAUGUCAACCGCGUUCGAAAAGGCCACUUUGAGCGCGACAAUAUCGACCUUCAUCGCAAAUACGGCCCCAUCGUCCGCUAUGGCCCCAACCGAUAUAGUUUCGACCACCCUGAGGCCGCCCAGAUUAUCUAUGGUGUUGGAAAAGCAGAUAAAUUUGCCAAGUCCUCAUUCUUUCGAGCAUUUGGUAUACCCCUUCGCGACAAGCCAAGUUUCUUCGCGCAUGAGAACAUCAAAGAACAUGCCCAAAUGCGUCGACUCUUUCAGAGCACACACGCUAUGUCGGCACUUGUUUCAUACGAGUCUUUUGUCGACGGAUGCUCAGACUUAUUUGACUUGAGACUCCGAGAAAUGGCUGGAGGCUCUGCAGCUGGAAAUACCUGGCCGCGUGUUGACCUAGGCAGAUGGUUUCAGUGCUACGCUUUUGACGUCAUCAGUAUGAUCACCUAUUCCCAGAGAAUAGGAUUCCUGGAUCAUGGCACCGACAUAGCAGCUAUCAUGGAGUCUUUGGAAGGUUUUCUCGCUUAUGCCAGCGUAAUUGGUGUCUACUCUUGGCUACACCCUUUACUUUUCCACAUCCAAAAUUUCUUUGCUGGGAACACAGGAACAGGGAUGCAAUAUAUCAUGCAGUUCACCCAGAAGCUCAUGAAAGAGCAUGAAGCUAAGCCUAAGAACCUAGAUAUUGAAGACGAAGACAAGCAAACUAUGGAUUUCUUAUCCAAGUAUGCGGCUCGUCAUCGCAAGGAUCCAGUAACAUACAAUGAAUGGUAUGUUAUAAGUGGAUGUGCAUCUAACAUGACAGCUGGGUCAGACACAACUGGUAUCAGUCUAUCGGCUAUUAUGUAUCUGCUCAUGACCAAUCCCAAGGUGGCAGACAAGCUUCGUCAAGAGGUGGCUGAGCAUCAGUCACGUGUCGCCCAUUCCCGUCACUUCAGCUUCAAAGAGACACAACAAAUGCAGUACUUACAGGCUGUAAUAAAAGAAGGAUUGAGGCUACAUCCUGCUGUCGGUCAGCCGUUGGAGCGAGUGGUUCCCGAUGGCGGUGCAACAAUCGCCGGUCAAUUCUUUCCUGGAGGAACAUUUGUAGGCGUUAAUUGCUGGGUGGAACACCACAGCGCGGUCUUUGGACCUGAUCCAGAGGCCUUCCGACCCGAGCGCUGGCUCGAUAGUGACAAGGACAAGCUCGACAUGAUGAAUCGCCACUGGAUGCCAUUUGGUAUGGGCGCUAGAACGUGCAUUGGUCGGCACAUCUCUAUGCUGGAAAUGUCUAAACUGAUCCCACGUCUUAUUCGCGACUUUGAGUUUACGUUUCCAAAAGAUAAUCCUAUGGGGAAAAACUUUAAAACUAAUAACCGCUGGUUUGUUAAGCCAAAGGGUUUCAAUGUGCAUAUCCAAGCUCGGAAUUAG